GGCCUGAGGCAGCUAUCUACGGGAGAUCGCGGGACGCGUAAGAACAUUAUUCCGACCCCGCACUCUAUCUACAGGUGGAUAGGUAGCUAUCUCCCUGAGCUCAUCACCUUCAAUGACAACAGACGUGUCAAAGUGGCCUUUAUUCUUUACUUUCUCAAGAUUGAUGCCUCUUAUCUGCCCGCAAAGGUCAAGUUUUGCGAGUGGCUCUGUUACUUUUAUUCUAAUUUUACCUCAGAUUGGCAAGGCAAACCCCAUCCAAAAGACGUUAUGUAUUCUGUCCAUUUGGCCCGUGUCAUUAGGCAACAGUGA